AUGGCCAGAUCGGCGCCGGGGCUGCCGCCGCAGUACUACGCGGCCGCGGGCUCCGGCCAUCGCGCCUCCUCCUCCUCCUCGCCCGCCGCGUCCUGCGUCGUGGCGGUCCUCUUCCUCCUCCUGGCCGCCGGCGGCGCGGCGGCGGCGCUGUUCGUGCUCUUCCGCCCGCGCGCGCCGGCCAUCGCCGUGACGGCCGUGCAGCUGCCCGCCUUCUCCGUGGCCAACGACACCGUGGCCUUCACCUUCCAGCAGCUGGCCUCCGUGCGCAACCCGAACCGGUCCCCGCUCGCGCACUACGACAGCUCCCUCCACGUCGCCUACGCCGGCGGCGAGGUCGGCUCCAUGUACAUCCCGGCCGGCCAGAUUGACGGCGGCCGCAGGCAGUACAUGGCCACCAGCUUCACCGUCCCCGCCUUCGCCGUCUCGGUCUCCGCCGCCGCCGCCGCCGCGCAGCCGACCACCAUCUCCGUCCCCGCGUCCGGCCCGUCCCCUCACGUCACUGCGGCUCUAGUGCAGGGGCCGGUGAUGGAGGUGGACUCGCUGCUGCGGGUCAAGGGCAAGGUCACCGUUCUCAAGGUGUUCACCCACCACGUCGAGGCCGCCAAGGUGUGCCGCAUUGGCGUCUCGCCGGCCGACGGCCGCGUGCUCGGCUUCCGGUGCUGA